UUCAAGCCGUUGGAUUUCUGUUGGAAUUUAUUGGAAGUCACUUUCGUUCGACCCAAAAAAGCUGUUUUGCUGAGGAGAUCGAUAGACACAAAUCGAAGGGCUACAGAAUGAGAAGAUGGCGUGUUUCCUCCAACAUCCGGGGCCUGACAGUCUACGCCGAUUUACCAGAGAAUCUUUGGCUGAGAUUGAGAAAAGAAUUGCUAAGGAAAAAGCUGAAAAGGCAUCAAAACCUCCCAUAGAAGAAGAAGAUGAGAAACCCAAACCCAAAAGUGACCUUGAGAUUGGCAAAGCCCUGCCAUUUAUUUAUGGAGAUCUUCCUUCAGAAUUAAUUGGAGAGCCUCUGGAGGAACUAGACCCCUUCUACAGCUCAAAGAGGACAUUCAUAGUCAUAAACAAGGGGAAUGUCAUCUUUAGGUUCAGUACAACGCCUGCAAUGUACAUGCUGAGUCCCUUUCACCCCCUCCGGAGAGCAGCCAUCAAAAUCCUAAUUCAUUCAUUAUUUAGCCUGUUCAUCAUGUUUACCAUUUUAGCAAACUGUGUGUUCAUGACAAUGAGCGACCCAGCACCCUGGACGAAAAAUGUAGAGUACGCAUUCACUGGGAUUUAUACCUUUGAAGCGAUGAUAAAGGUAUUUGCCCGUGGAUUUGUUAUUGAUUACUUUACGUUCCUUCGUGAUCCAUGGAACUGGCUGGAUUUUAGUGUCAUCACAAUGGCAUACGUCACUGAAUUUGUGGAUUUGGGUAAUGUCUCUGCUUUAAGAACUUUUCGAGUUCUCCGAGCACUGAAAACCAUCACAGUUAUUCCAGGGUUAAAAACCAUUGUCGGAGCUCUGAUCCAGUCAGUAAAGAAAUUAUCAGAUGUGAUGAUUCUGACGGUUUUCUGUUUAAGUGUAUUUGCACUUGUUGGUCUUCAGCUGUUUAUGGGAAAUUUGAAACACAAAUGUGUGAUAUGGCCACCACCAGCAGAACUGCUAUACAAUAGUACCUUCAUAGAAGAUGGAAUGGACAAUGAUACUGUGAUCAGCAACUACACUAGAAGGUUCGACUGGAAGACCUAUAUUAACAAUGAAGAAAACCAUUACUAUGUAGAAGGCGCUGCUGAUGCUCUACUGUGUGGGAAUGGAUCUGAUGCCGGGAGGUGUCCGGAAGGUUAUAUAUGUAUGAAGGCUGGGAGAAAUCCAAACUAUGGCUACACCAGUUACGAUACCUUUAGUUGGGCAUUUCUGUCACUUUUUCGACUCAUGACGCAAGACUACUGGGAAAAUCUCUUCCAAUUGACGCUCCGUGCUGCUGGGAAAACCUAUAUGAUUUUCUUUGUGGUCAUCAUUUUCAUCGGGUCUUUUUAUCUGAUUAACUUAAUUCUGGCCGUGGUGGCAAUGGCUUAUGCUGAACAAAAUGAGGCCACGCAACUAGAGGCUGAAGAGAAAGAAAAAGAGUUUCAAGAGAUUUUGGAAAGCAUAAGGAAACAUCAAAAGGAACAAGAGGCUCAGUUACAUUCUUCCAAAGGCCACCUUGGCAGCCACUACUCAUUGGCAAGUGACAGAAUGCAGAAGAAAGACGGUUCUGACAAAUGUCCCACAGAGGAAGAGGAAGCCGCGAGUCAGCGAGGAUCACUGACCAAACCGGUCAUCAUUACAAUUAACGGAGUUGUUUCACAAGAUGGGGAAAGCGGCUCAGCGCCUAAUGGCAGAGUCGUGCCGUCUGCUGUGGACAAGAAAGAAGACGUAACUGGUAUGGACAUUGAAGAUGAUAUCCCUGGAUCUAAACGUACCUCCAUGUUUCUGGAAGAACCAGCACCGUCAAUGAGAGUUGGAAGUGUCACCAGUAUGUACAGCAGCGCCAAACUGGAUGAGCUGGAAGAGGCACAGCAGAGUUGCCCUCCCUGGUGGUACAAAUUUGCCAACACAUUUCUAAUCUGGGAUUGCUGUGAGCAGUGGAUAAAGUUCAAAGGAAUCCUGAAGUUUAUUGUGAUGGACCCAUUUGUGGAUCUGGGAAUCACUAUUUGCAUUGUGCUGAAUACUCUCUUUAUGGCGAUGGAGCACUACCCCAUGACUAAUACUUUUGAAAAUAUGCUGUCUGUUGGGAAUCUGGUAUUCACAGGGAUUUUCACAGCUGAAAUGGUGUUCAAACUGAUUGCUCUGGAUCCCUAUUACUACUUUCAAGUGGGUUGGAACAUAUUUGACAGCAUCAUUGUGACUCUCAGCUUGGUUGAGCUAGGACUGGCCAAUGUGCAAGGAUUGUCAGUGCUCCGUUCAUUCAGAUUGCUGAGAGUUUUCAAACUUGCAAAAUCUUGGCCAACUCUGAACAUGCUGAUUAAGAUCAUUGGUAACUCAGUGGGUGCACUAGGGAAUCUGACACUGGUCCUAGCCAUUAUCGUCUUCAUCUUUGCUGUGGUCGGAAUGCAGCUCUUUGGCAAGAAUUACAAGCAGUGCGUUUGUAAGAUUUCUGAAGACUGCACUCUUCCACGCUGGCACAUGAAUGACUUCUUCCACUCGUUUCUGAUUGUGUUUCGCAUCCUUUGCGGAGAAUGGAUUGAGACAAUGUGGGAUUGCAUGGAAGUAGCAGGUCAGCCCAUGUGCCUCAUAGUUUUCAUGAUGGUCAUGGUGAUUGGUAACCUGGUGGUGCUUAACCUCUUCCUGGCCUUGCUGUUAAGCUCCUUCAGCGCGGAUAACCUCUCGGCAUCUGACGACGACACGGAAAUGAACAACCUGCAAAUUGCCCUCAACAGGUUCACCAACGCGAUUGACUUUGUGAAAGGCUUUUUUCUCGGCAGCUUUCGAAGGAAGAAAAGUGACCAGGAAGAGAAACAAUUAGAUGACUUAUCACCUUCAAAAACUGGGGCUCUUGAUUUUAACCACACAGACCCAGAGACUGGAAAAGAAGAGAGUUCCAAACUGGACGGGGUUACCACAAAGAAAGGGAAAUACCUUCCAGACACGGAUGAUCACAUGGGCCUCUUGGCCAAUGCUCACUUGACCGUUCGUGUUCCGAUUGCUGAGGCUGAAUCUGAUGCUGAAGAGGAAGAACAAAGCUCUGAGGCAGAUAUUGAGGAUGUCAACAUGGGUAAAAUGCAAAUAGAUUCUUCCCAGUGCAGUACUGUGGACCUGAAAGUUCAAGAGGAAGAGAUAGAGGAGGUUGAAGAAGAAAAUCCUGAGAAUAAUGAACCAGAAGCAUGUUUGACAGAAGGCUGUUUGAGAGUCUGGCCCUGUCUGGACAUUGAUCUAAAGAGCGAUCGAGGCAAGAUGUGGUGGAAUCUAAGGAAAACCUGCUUCAGGAUAGUGGAACACAACUGGUUUGAAACAUUUAUCAUCUUUAUGAUACUACUUAGCAGUGGUGCCCUGGCAUUUGAAGACAUAUACAUUGAAAACAGAAAGGUUGUUAAGACACUGCUCGAGUACGCUGACCAAGUGUUCACAUAUAUCUUUGUGGUGGAAAUGCUGCUAAAAUGGACUGCAUAUGGAUUCAAGACAUAUUUUACCAAUGCAUGGUGCUGGCUAGACUUUUUAAUUGUUGAUGUGUCUUUGAUCAGCCUGACUGCAAAGAUCCUUGGCUAUGAUGAAAUAGGACCUAUUAGAUCCCUCCGGACUCUGAGAGCCUUGCGACCACUGCGAGCUUUGUCACGAUUUGAGGGAAUGAGGGUGGUUGUCAAUGCACUGAUCGGUGCCAUCCCAUCCAUCAUGAAUGUGCUAUUGGUUUGUCUCAUCUUCUGGCUGAUUUUCAGUAUAAUGGGAGUGAACUUGUUUGCUGGAAAGUUUUUCAAGUGCAUAAACACCACAACCUCUGAAAUGUUUCCCAUUAGCCAAAUAAAUAACCGUAGUGAUUGCGAGGAUUACAUCUCAACGAUGCCCGAUGAAGUGCGAUGGGUCAACUUGAAGGUCAACUUUGACAAUGUUGGUCAAGGAUAUCUAUCCUUACUUCAGGUGGCAACCUUUAAAGGCUGGAUGGAUAUAAUGUAUGCGGCUGUUGACUCGCGUGAGAUGGAACAACAGCCAUCCUAUGAAAUUAAUCUCUACAUGUACAUAUACUUUGUCAUCUUCAUCAUCUUCGGGGCAUUCUUCACCCUCAAUCUCUUUAUCGGUGUAAUUAUUGACAAUUUUAACCAACAGAAGAAAAAGUUUGGAGGAAAAGAUAUCUUUAUGACAGAAGAACAGAAGAAAUACUACAAUGCUAUGAAGAAGCUUGGCUCGAAGAAACCUCAAAAACCUAUCCCAAGACCAAACAAUAAAUGUCAAGGAAUAUUCUUUGAUUUUGUCAGCAAGCAAGCCUUUGAUAUCUUCAUCAUGAUUCUCAUCUGUCUCAACAUGGUGACUAUGAUGGUAGAAACAGAUGACCAAAGCGCAGAAAAAACUGAUAUUCUUUACUGGAUCAACUUGGUGUUUAUUGUUGUAUUUACCAGUGAAUGCGUGCUCAAGAUCAUCGCUUUAAGAUACUAUUACUUCACCAUUGGCUGGAACAUUUUUGACUUUGUCGUGGUAAUUCUUUCUAUUGUGGGUAUUAUGUUGGCAGAUAUAAUAGAGAAGUACUUUGUAUCACCUACUCUGUUCAGAGUUAUUAGGUUAGCCAGGAUUGGCCGUGUCCUUCGACUUAUCAGAGGAGCUAAAGGAAUUCGAACACUCUUAUUUGCCUUGAUGAUGUCACUUCCUGCCUUGUUCAACAUUGGCCUUUUACUCUUUUUGGUUAUGUUCAUCUAUUCCAUUUUUGGAAUGUCCAAUUUUGCAUAUGUGAAAAAGGAAGCGGGCAUUGAUGACAUCUUCAAUUUUGAAACGUUUGGCAACAGCAUGAUUUGCCUGUUCCAGAUCACCACCUCAGCUGGCUGGGAUGGACUGCUCUCACCCAUCAUGAACAGUGGCCCUCCUGAUUGUGAUCCCCACUUAGCUAAUCCAGGUACCGAUGUAAAAGGGGAUUGUGGAAAUCCAUCGGUGGGGGUCAUCUUUUUUGUCAGCUACAUCAUUGUUUCCUUUCUGAUUGUGGUGAACAUGUACAUCGCCAUCAUAUUGGAGAACUUCAAUGUGGCCACUGAAGAGAGUGCUGAACCACUUUGCGAGGAUGACUUUGAAAUGUUCUAUGAAGUCUGGGAGAAGUUCGAUCCGGAAGCCACGCAAUUUGUUGAGUACUCCAGACUGUCCGACUUUGUUGAUACGCUGCAAGAGCCAUUGCGGAUUGCCAAGCCGAAUAAGAUCAAACUGGUUACCAUGGAUCUACCAAUGGUGUCGGGUGACAAAAUCCACUGUCUGGAUAUACUCUUUGCAUUGACUAAGGAGGUGCUGGGUGAAUCUGGAGAGAUGGAUACUCUGAAGGAAUCAAUGGAGGAGAAGUUCAUGGCUGCCAACCCUUCCAAGGUCUCAUAUGAACCCAUAACCACCACUCUUCGGCGGAAACAAGAGGAGGUUUGUGCAGUCAAAAUUCAACGAGCUUUUCGGCGUCACUUGCUGAAACGGUCUGUCAAACAUGCAUCCUACUUGUACCGCCAUAGUUUAACAGAUGCGAUUCUGCCUAAUGAAGAGGCUCCAGAGAAAGAAGGAUUACUCGCUACUCGAAUGAGUCAAAGCUAUGGUAAAUACCAACCUGACAAAGAAAAUACACCACCCUUAGCUCUAGAAGAAGCAACAACUCCUGUAGAAGUAACAGCAACUUCUACAGAAGAAGCAACAACUUCUACAGAAGAAGCAACAACUCCUACAGAAGAAACAAUAACUCCUAUAGAAGCCACAGCAAUUCCAAUAGAAAAAGCAGCAACUCCUCUAGAAGCACCAGCAACUCCUCUAGACGCAGCGGCAACUCAUCUGGAAAUGGCAGUUACCCCUCUGGAAGCUGCAAUUACCCCUCUAAAAGCAGCAGUAACCCCUCUAGAAGCAGCAGUAACUGCAGCCAAACCAGUAGGCUGGAUUUCUGAAACAAAGGAUAUUAAAGAGUCAAUUGUAUAA